AUGUCUCAAAGAGGUUUAUUUGAUAUGAGUUCGACUGAUCCACAAAUUGAGCCAUACAUGAGCCAACAAUUGGACGAAAAUAUAAUGCUUCGUGAUGAAGAAGUUGUAGGGGAUAACGUGGCUAAGUUAACUACUCAACUUGGCAUUAUUGUGCGGAAUGGUAACAUUGUUCCUCUUACUUUUCUUGACUGGAACAAUGUGCCUGAUGAUAUUAUUGAUGCUAUUUGGAAGGAUGUGAAGGACAAUUUGAAUAUAUGUCCAGAGGAGUACAAGCCAAUCUGCAUGAAAAACUGCAACAGCAUAUGGAAGGAUCACAAGAACAAGAUUAAGGCGAAGUAUUUCAAGCCUAGAAGUUCUGAUCCUAAUCUGAAGGAUGAUGUUCCUAUGUACAUUGUGCCAAGCCAGUGGGAACAACUUGUGGAGUAUUGUCGUACUUCCGAUGCCGAGGUAUACAAAUAAGUUAUAUUUAUGAUA